AUGAGUAAUUUAGAAGUUCAUAGACAUCAUGCCCAUAGAAAAUCGUCCAAAAACCACUUCACUUGUGAAUUUUGCCAUGCCAAGCUUCCAAUCGGGACAGAGCAAGCCCAUCAAGAGCAAUGUCCAGAGGUGCAAAGAGUCCUUCAAGAAAAUCCGCUUGAAGAAAUUUCCUGCGAGCUCUGCGAAGUCGUUUUACCUGUUGACGAAAUGAACGACCACAUAUUAGCCCAUCUUUUAGAAAAUGAGGCCCAACAAGAAGCUCAAAAUAGCCAGCAAAGGGAAAAUUCUCCUGUAAAUAAUGCACCUCGAAUAGAAAAUAGGAAUAAUAUGAUUGGAAUGGACAACACCCAGAGAAUAAGAAUUAUUUUGCAAAACAAUGGGAGACCUCGAGGAUUUUUGAUGAUAAAUUCGCCUGUAUUUAAUAGAGCAGGAGCUCCAAGACGAGUCUACCAUAAACCAGUCCAAAGGCCAGCUGAUUCUUCAAAAGUGAGGAAUUUCCCUGUUUCGAGGUUUAAAUCUGAAGAAAAUGUAUCGUGCACGAUAUGUAUGGAGCAGAUUAAGAAGAAAGAAAAAGUGAAGACGUUGCCUUGCAUGCAUAUUUUUCAUCCUUAUUGCAUAGAUGAAUGGUUAUCGAGAAGUAAUCAGUGUCCAAUAUGCAAGUUUCAAAUAUAG